UGGAGUCUCGCUCUGUCACCCAGGCUGUAGUGCAGUAGCGCAAUCUCGGCUCAUUGCAAGCUCCGCCUCCCGGGUUCACGCCAUUCUCCUGCCUCAGCCUCUCCGAGUAGCUGGGACUACAGGCGCCCGCUACCACGCCCGGCUAAUUUUUUGUAUUUUUAGUAGAGACAGGGUUUCACCGUGGUCUCGAUCUCCUGACCUCGUGAUUCGCCCGCCUCGGCCUCCCAAAGUGCUGGGAUUACAAGCGUGAGCCACCGCGCCCGGCCUAAGGUGGGGUUUUAAACGUUAUCCAAUCAGCGACGCUGGGUUGGGAACAUUCCAAUCAGGCCUGCAGCUGGAGCGGAUGGGAUGGCUUCAGGGAUGUGGCGGGGCCUUUGUCUCUCGCUGCAGCUGGAGCUGCAGGUCUCGCCUUCACUGCUUUGUGUCCUCUGCUCGCAGAGGCCCAGCCUCUGUGGCCCUGUGACCUGCAGGUAUUGGGAGAUCCACAGCUAAGACGCCAGGACCCCCUGGAAGCCUAGAAAUGGAGACAUUGACAUUUAGGGAUGUGGCCAUAGAAUUCUCUCUGGAGGAGGGGGAAUGCCUGAACCCUGCUCAGCGGAAUUUAUAUAUGAAUGUGAUGUUAGAGAACUACAAAAACCUGGUCUUCUUGGGUAUUGCUGUCUCUAAGCAAGACCCAAUCACCAGUCUGGAGCAAGAAAAAGAGCCCUGGAAUAUGAAGAGACGUGAGAUGGUGGAUGAAUCCCCAGCUAUGUGUUCUUAUUUUACCAGAGACCUUUGGCCAGAGCAAGACAUAAAAGAUUCUUUUCAACAAGUGAUACUGAGAAGAUACAGAAAAUGUGAACAUGAGAAUUUAUAGUUAAGAAAAGGCUCCACAAGUGUGGAUGAGUGUAAGAUGCACAAAGAAGGUUAUAAUAAACUAAACCAGUAUUUGACAACUACCCAGAGCAAAACAUUUCAAUGUGAUAAAUAUAUAAAAGUCUUUCAUAAAAUUUUAAAUUCAAAUAGACAUAAGACAAGACAUACUGGAGAGAAACCUUUCAAAUGUAAAAAAUGUGAUGAAUCAUUUUGCAUGCUUUUACACCUACAUCAACAUAAAAGAAUUCAUAUUAGAGAGAAUUCUUACCAAUGUGAAGAAUGUGACAAAGUCUUUAAGCAGUUCUUAACCCUUACUAGACACAAGAGAAUUCAUACUGGAGAGAGACCCUUCAAAUGUGAAGAAUGUGGCACAGCUUUUAAGCAGUCCUCAACACUUACUACACAUAAGAUGAUUCAUAGUGGAGAGAAACCCUACAGAUGUGAAGAAUGUGGCAAAGCCAUCUACCCUUCUUCACACCUUACUACACAUAAGAUAAUUCAUACUGGAGAGAAGCCCUUCAAAUGUGAAUGUGGUAAAGCUUUUAACCACCCUUCAGCCCUUACUACACAUAAGUUCAUUCAUGCUAAAGAAAAACCCUACAAAUGUGAAGAAUGUGACAAAGCUUUUAACUGAUUCUCAUACCUUACUAAACAUAAGAUAAUUCAUUCUGGAGAGAAAUUCUACAAAUGUGAAGAAUGUGGCAAAGGCUUUAACUGGUCCUCAACCCUUACAAAACAUAGAAGAAUUCAUACUGGAGAGAAACCCUACAAAUGUGAAGAAUGUGGCAGCUUUAAUGUGUCUUCACACCUUACUACACAUAAGAUAAUUCAUACUGGAGAGAAACCUUACAAAUGUGAAGAAUGUGGCAAAGCUUUUAACCAAUCCUCAAACCUUACCAAACGUAAGAUAAUUCAUACUGGAGAGAAACUCUACAAAUAUGAAGAAUGUGGCAAAGCUUUUAACCAAUCUUCAAACCUUACUACACAUAAGAGAAUUCACACUGGAGAGAAACCCUACAAAUGUGAAGAAUGUGGCAAAGCUUUUAACCGAUCCUCAAACCUUACUAAACAUAACACAAUUCAUACUGGAGAGAAAUCUUACAAAUGUGAAGAAUGUGGUAAAGUGUUUAGCCAAUCCUCAACUCUUACUAAACAUAGGAAAAUUCAGCAGGGCAAAAUGAUUCAUACUGGAGAGAAAUUCUACAAAUGUGAAGAAUAUGGCAAAGCCUUUAGCCAGUCUUCAACUCUAAGCAUUAAAAAAAUUCAUACUGUACAGAAACCCUAUGAGGGUGAAAAACAUGGCAAAGCUUUUAACAAGCCCUCAAUUCUUAACAGACAUAAGAUAAUUUAUACUACAAACCAGAAAGAUGUGGCAAUGCUUUUGACAACACCUCAAACUUUUCUAACCAUAAAAGAAAUUAUACGGGUGAGAAAUCUUAGAAAUCUGAAGAAUGAGACAAAGCCUUUAAAUGAUUGUCACACUUGAUUGUAGGCCAGGUGUGGUGGCUCACACCUGUAAUCCCAGCACUGUGGGAAGCCAGGGCAGGUGCAUUGCUUGAGCCUAGGAGUUUGAUACCAGCCUGGUCAACAUGGAAAAACCCCGUCUCUACCAAAAAAAAAAAAAAAAAAAAAAUCUCAGCUGGGCGUGGGCAUGGUAGUGUAUGCCUGUAAUCCCAGCUACUCCAGAGGCUGAGGCAUGAGAAUCCCUUGAGCCAGGGAUGCAGAGGUUGCAGUGAACUGAGAUCGUGCCACUGCACUCCAGCCUGGGUAACAGAGUGAGACUCGAUCUCAAGAGAAAAGGAAUUUUCUUACUUAAAAAAUAAUAUUCCGUUGUGUAUAUCUACCACAUUGUCUUCAUUUACUCAUUAGAUGUUAAACUGUUUAGUCUGUAUUUUGGCUAUUGUGAAAAGUGCUGCAAAUAGAAUUGCAAAUGUUUCUUCAUUCUGAUUUUAUUUGUUUUGGAUAUAUAUCCAGUAAUGCAAUUGCUGUUAUGACAUGGUAGUUUAAGUUUUUUGAGAAAUCUUUAUUUUGUUUUUCAUAAUGGCUGUCUUCAUUUACAUUCCAAACCAACAGUGCACAAGCCUUCCCUUUUCUUCACAUCUUUACCAACACUUUUUCUUUUUAAUAAGAGUCAUUCUAAGUCUUUGCUAUUGUGAAUCGUGCUGCAAUAAACAUACGUGUGCAUGUGUCUUUAUAGCAGCAUGAUUUAUAGUCCUUUGGGUAUAUACCCAGUAAUGGGAUGGCUGGGUCAAAUGGUAUUUCUAGUUCUAGAUCCCUGAGGAAUUGCCACACUGACUUCCACAAUGGCUGAACUAGUUUACAGUCCCACCAAUAGUGUAGAAGUGUUCCUAUUUCUCCACAUCCUCUCCAGCACCUGUUGUUUCCUGACUUUUUAAUGAUCGCCAUUCUAACUGGUGUGAGAUGGUAUCUCAUUGUGGUUUUGAUUUGCAUUUCUCUGAUGGCCAGUGAUGAUGAGCAUUUCUUCGUGUGUGUUUUGGCUGCAUAAAUGUCUUCUUUUGAGAAGUGUCUGUUCAUGUCCUUCACCCACUUUUUGAUGGGGUUGUUUGUUUUUUUCUUGUAAAUUUGUUAAAGACUUGGAACCAACCCAAAUGUCAAACAAUGAUAGACUGGAUUAAGAAAAUGUGGCAAAUAUACACCAUGGAAUACUAUGCAGCCAUAAAAAAUGAUGAGUUCAGGUCCUUUGUAGGGACAUGGAUGAAACUGGAAAACAUCAUUCUCAGUAAACUAUUGCAAGGGCAAAAAACCAAACACUGCAUGUUCUCACUCAUAGGUGGGAAUUGAACAAUGAGAACACAUGGACACAGGAAGGGGAACAUCACACUCCAGGGACUGUUGUGGGGUGGGGGGAGGGGGGAGGGACAGCAUUAGGAGAUAUACCUAAUGCUAAAUGAUGAGUUAAUGGGUGCAGCACACCAACAUGGCACAUGGAUACAUAUGUAACAAACUUUCACAUUGUGCACAUGUACCCCAAAACUUAAAGUAUAAUAAUAAUAAAAAAAACAAAAAAAAAUAAAAAAGAGUCAUUCUUACAGGAAUGAGUUGAUAUCUCCUAGUUUUGUUUUUUCUUUUUGGGCUUGCCUUUUUGUGAUAAUUGACUGAGCAUUUUUAAAUCAGUUAGCCAUUAUGUAUGUAUUUUCUUGAAAAAUACUUAUUUCAGCUACUUAUUUUUAAUACUUAUUUUUGUUGUAUUGUCAUUUGAGUUUUUUAUAUAUUUUUGGUAUUAACCCCUUGUCACAUGUAUAAUUUGCAAAUAUUUUCUCUUUUUAAUUGUCACAUUCUGUUCAUUGUAUCAGAUUCUGUGCAGCAGCUUUUUAAUUUGAAGUGAUCUGACUGACUUGUUCUUCCUUUUGUGUCCUGGGAUAUUUAGGUUAAAUCGAAUAACUUGCUGCCCAGACCAAUGUUAUGGGCCUUUCACUCUGUUUUUUGGUAGUAGUAGUUUAAGAGUUUUAGGCCUUAUGUUUAAGUGGCUAAUUUAUUUUGAGUUUAUUUUUACAUAUGGUGUGAGAUGAGGGUCUCACUUGUUUUUCUCUGCAUGUGGAUAUAAAGUUUUCUAAACAUCAUUUAUUGAAGAUACUAUUAUUUCCCUUAAAAAAAAGUCACCUGUAUUUAAAAUCAGUUAGCUGUAAAUACACAGAUAUAUUUCUGCUCUUUUUUUCUUCUGCUUCAUUGGCCUAUAUCUCUGUUUUUAUUCAAGUGCCAUACUGUUUUUGUUACCAUAGUUUUGUAGUGUAUUUCAAAGUCAAGGGUGAUACCUUAACUUCUUUUGUCUUGAUUGCUUUGGCUAUUCAGGGUGUUUUGUGGUACUAUAUGAAUUUUAGAUAUCCUUUUUAAAAAUUUCAUUUUGAGAUAGUUACUAAUGUAUAGAAAUGCUAUGACUUUUUGAUGAUGCUUUUGUAUUUUGAAAGUUUAAUAAAUUUUGUUUGUUUUUUGUUU